CAGCAGCAGCCAGUCGUGUUUUUCCCCUCGCUGAGCUCAUGCUCUCUCAUCCUCUGCUCUGACUCUCUGGUGCGCUCUCAGGUUCAGUGGACAGACCAGACCGCAGCCUCCUCCUCUUCUUUUUCUCUCGUCUUUCUGCCUGUUCUAUCAUCAUAUCAUCUCUCUUUACCUAUUCCUUUUUUAUUUAUCCUUUUUUGUCAGCCCCCGUUUCAGGGGCAUUAGUGGGGGUCCCGUAGCGUGUAUGCGUGUGAGUGUUGGAGGGUUUCGGCAUGGAAGCAUUGGCACUGUAUACGUUUCGUGCCACAGAGGGUGAUGAACUCAGUUUCAAUAAGGGAGACUUGCUCAAGAUCACCAACAUGGAGGAUGAUCCUAACUGGUACACAGCUGAGCUCCACAACAGAAAAGGCUUUGUGCCAAAAAAUUACAUCAACCUGAGGUCGCACGCCUGGUUUGCUGGCCGUAUAUCUCGUGGUGUGGCAGAAAGUCGACUCAGACAAAGGGACUGCGGGGCGUUUCUUGUCAGAGAGAGUGAAAGCGCUCCUGGAGAGUUCUCCAUGUCUGUCAGUUAUGGGGAUCAUGUGCAGCAUUUCAAGGUGCUGCAGGAUCGCUGUGGUCAGUACUACGUGUGGGACGAGCUCUUCUCCUCCCUGAAUGAGCUGGUGGACUUUUACCGUAGCAACAGCAUCGCUAAGGAGAGGACAGUCUUUCUGAGAGACCCUGAACAUUUCGCCAGGCGUACCCAUCACGCGCACGCUCUCUUCGACUUCAACCCCCACCACCCCUCCCAGCUACGCUUCCUGCGCGGUGAUGUCAUCGAGCUCAUUGACUGCUCCGAUUCGCAGCGCUGGAGGGGCCGUUGCCAUGGACACGUGGGCUACUUCCCCCCCGAGUACGUCCAGCCUAUUUACAACUGCCAGUGACCUGACAUGUCAAUCCAACACACGGCCAUUCCCACGGGUUCAUCGAUGAGCCGUACUGACCUCGUCCCUCACACUGCUCCCCCUGCUCUGCACUUACUUUUUGGAGCAGAUGACCGAUGAGCUUGUAAUGUAACUGACUCCUCCCAUGUCCCUGCCAUGUAACAAGUCAAUCACAAGCCUCGCCAAAUCAGCUGCUACAGGCCCAUCAGUCGCUGCCACCUAACCCCACAGCUCCUCUUCUCUUUAAACAUGUAAAAAGAAAAUCUAGUUAUGGACCUGUACACUGUGGAGAACUCACACACAUAUACACAAACAUACACAAUCAUUUAUGCUUAUCAGCAUUGGUGCAGGCUAUUUCAAAGCAACAUACACACUCACAUUAACCUGAUGAAGAAAACACAAGUGGUCCACGGGAACUUGUGGCUGAAGGGUAGAGUGUUCUCUGCUGUUGAUGAGUCAGGAUUUGCUCCAGUAUUUUGUUGCCGUUCCAAUGACAGGAUCCGGUGAGCUGAGCCGAGAGACACAGAGAGUCAUUGUAUGGUGAACAUUUGGGCCAGAUACUCUGAGGGUACUGACACAGCAUGAUCAGUGGGGCUGGUGUGUGUGCGUGUAGCCCUGCACUAUGCGAACCAUUAAAGGAGGUGACUGGGUUCCAGUGACCAGUGAGGUGAGCACGUCUCAGAUGCUCUCGGUGUAAAAUGUAAUAUGCUCAACUCAAUUUAUGGCUCAUUUGUUUGUUUCUAUGUAUUUAUUCUUAUUCAUGUGUAAUCUUAGAAUACUUAUACAAGGUUAAACACUGAAUAUGGAUUUUGCUUCUGUUGCAACUAAUAGUUUAUGAAAAGCACAUUUAUGUGAUUAUCAGUAAGAACUUGGAUUGGUCUUCCUUAACCUGUAAUGACAAAUCAGUUAAAUAAAGUGA